UUAUUGCUGUCAUCGAUUAGCAGGUAUCAAUAUUUAUCACCAUAAAAACAUCAGUCAGAGUGAUUAGUUAGCAAAGGCUUUAACUUGGCCAAAGACGGCUCAGACCCAACUAAAGAUCAAAAUCAUAAAAGUUCAUCCUGUUUAUCUUCACAUUACCAACAUUCAAUCUCACCUAACUACAACAAGCUCAUUACUGACCCAUCAAGCUUAUUUUGUACCCCACUUCCUGAUAGUCAAACCCAUUAGCUUUGUCCGCUCUUAAUCAAUUAUUUGGAGAAUCAAACAGGGCUGUUCCAAUAAAGCGGUAUUGUAAUCAUCAUAAUUAAAAUAUGUAAUAUAACUACGAGUUUAUAGCUCAAGUCCUUUACGCUGGAUAACUCCAUGCCGUAUCUACAUCACUGCUCAGUUUAAACAACAGUAUGCUCUUUAGAUUAAGAUCAUCUUCCGGGUGUCUGCUCUCAUAUGUCACCUCUCCUCUUUACAAACUCAUGCAGAUGCUGCUCAGUGAACUUCGCCGACACGCUGAGCCUUAAAUCUGUGUUAACCGCGGGCCUCCUUCACACUCAUUGUCUCUCUUGUGCAAACACCUAACCUCUCUCUCUCUGCCGUGUCGCUCCGCUGAUGUGUGUCAUGGCGUUGCAGUUAAGCUCUGAGCUCUCACCCCUCUGACCUUGUCCACUUUCUCUUUGUCUCUCUCUGACAGGUGAAGCCGCUCAUAUGGAUCGAGAGCGUGAUUGAGAAGUUCUCUCACAGCCGUGUGGAGAUCAAGGUGAAGGUAAUGAUGACAUAAACACACACACACUCUCAGCGUACAGUGUCCUUAUCUGCCCAUGUCAUCCUCUCACUGGAGCUUAUUUGAUAUUUAUGCCACAUACCUCUCAGGUGGAUUACCGAUUACCAUCUGUUCCUGACAGCCGUACUGACUCACAAUAACAAGCUGCAGUGUGAAUAAUCAUUGCGCUCGCCAUGGUUUCACCGGAGAAGUUUACAUUUGUUUUCUUUUUGUUGGGCCUCUGAUGACUUUUAAACUCCUCUGUUGCUCUCCUGAGGCUCGGAGUCAGUUCAAGAGCCGCUCUACCGCCAACAACGUGUCCAUCCUGGUGCCUGUGCCCAGCGACGCCGACUCGCCGAAGUUCAAGACGAGCACCGGCAGCACGAAGUGGGUGCCUGAGAAGAACGUGGUGCAGUGGAACAUCAAGUCCUUCCCUGUAAGUGCUGCAAAAAAUCUCCUCCUAUAGCAUUAACCUUGUGUUAACUGUGUUAUUUAUAAAGGUACAUUUACUGAAGUGUGUGGAACAUAAGGUUCCUUAAAUUUACUUCAAUAUGAACAUUGAUUCAUCACAACUAAGAGGAAAAUGUUAUACCCUUAAAUAGUGAUAUGAGAGAGAGGAAAAGUGCACUCAUAAAGCUUUCGCCUUCACUGCUAACUAAUAAAUCAGUGUACAUAUCACAUCUAUAAGCACACUCAACUCUGCAGAAGUCCAGUUUUCACGCUACUGGGGUUUUAUGGUUGCACCAGCUUAGAUAGUUUCAACGUAAACGCAAGUUACAACUUCAAUCUUACACCUAGAACUACGCGGAGAUCUGCAUUGAAUAUUUCGCUAUAUUAAACAAAUGAUUUAUAUUAUAGUUGCUGCACCACUUGAUGUCAGUGUUGCAAUUUUACUUUUUUGCAAAGCUUUGUCAUACCUGUCUGCUGCUGUCGGUUGAGUGAUGAGAAUAACCAGCUGAUAUUUUUUAGCUGUGGCAAAGUGUAAGAAAUAACGCUCAGUCUCUUCAUAAGGAGAAAAGCUUUCCUCUGAUUGGCUACUGGAAGCGUAAACGUCAUAUCUGAGACUCUAUUUUGGUUAGUUAGGAGUCGCUGGUGCAACAAGUCCCAGGACCACAGAUACCACGAGUCAAAGAUUUCAUUUCUAUUCAACUAAUUAUUACUGACUUAUUUACUUACUUACUUUAGCUGCUGCAAAGGCAAAACAAUUGUUUUAAUUUUGAUUAAUUAAAGUCAUAAGUUGCCAUGACUGAAUGCCAAACAGCUGGAGAAGGCAGCGCAGCUUUGGGGGUUACACCUUUUCUCAAUUAACAGAAACUGUUUCAGCAGUAAAUGUAUAAAAACGUAAAUUUUAUUUGAUAUAGAAUCCACAUGACAUUUCUAACAGAUCGCUCAGCAAACACACAUGCAGGAAUAAUCUUACAACAAGCUGUCACCACCCAAGAAAUUUGAGUAUGUCUUAAACUGAUAACUUUAAAAUGAUAGUUUGAAUUAUUUUACACAUGAUUCUUCUCAAUAGUUGGUGUAUUUUCUACAGCAGAUGUACAGUUUGCUCUUUACAGAUGAAUACCUUGUACAAACCACUGAAAAAGAAAUCAAACAUCAGUUUGAUCAGCCUCACUGUCAAAAAUUAGCUUUUUUUUGAUCGAUUUGAAGAGUCACAAAACUAAAAAAUAACACCCCUCUCUAUCUCCUGCUGUGUCUUUAAUACUUCGGUGUCAGUCUCUUUUGUCGUUGUGCUAUAAACUCUUCUAAAGAAAAUUUUAACACUCUCAGAGAAUUAAUUCAGCCCGGGACGCUUUUAUCUCUUAUCUGUAAUUAUUACACUUUCUGCCUGUCAGGGAGGGUUAAGAGUCGACCUCAACGGUGACGUAUUUUGUUAUCUAGCUCAUGCCUGACUCUGAAUCACAUCUGUCUCUGUCACUGUCAACCUUUAGACCCAUUUAAAGCUGCAUAUUCUCACAGGACAAUAAACCGAACUUUAAAUGUUUAAAAACAGAAAUGAUGCACGACUUGUUGUGGGAAAAAAAAGCUGUUAAAUGCGCUUAAAAUCACCAGAAGUCUUCAGCUCUGUCCAUGCUUUUCAACCUCAAAUAUUACUAUCUCUCUCAUAAAGGCUUCAGAGUCAUUUGCCUUCAGCUACUCUGUACAAUUCUGCACAUUUUUACAGGCUUCUCAUUUAAAGGUAAUGAGAAUAUUAUGCUAACAUUUUUUCAUUAGCUGCAGGCAAGGAUAGCGAUACUUAACUUUUCAUGGCAGCUGUAAAAUGACAAGACCGAGAAAUGGUGAUACUGUUAUUUUGAUUUGAUGAUUAUAUCACCAAUUUGAUGUUCUGGAAAUGUACAAGUCUGUGCCUCAAAGUUGAACACUUAGAAAAACUUUUAUGUUUAUGAUUCUAUUCCUGAGCUCUUCUCUUUAGUCGCAGUGGGUGGGGCUAAGCUGGAAAAAAGGUGAUAUGAGUCACUUUAUACACCAUGCAAAACAUCAUAAAAAUUCCCCUAUCUUAAUGUCACGGCGUCUGGAGUUUGUUUUUCUUGCCUGAACACUGUCAAUAAAACUGAAAACACAGCCGCACGGUCUUAAAACACACACCAUUGCACAAAUGUUUGAAGUUGUUUAGCUUUUUGCAGCUCAUUCAUGUUUCAUACAAAGCAACACUCGUGUCCCUGGAUAACUCAUCACGACAGCAAGUAUUUUGUUUGAACAUCGUCCUUCCAACAAGGGGAUAGUAGAGCAGGAGGGGAAAUGAGUUUCAGUGUUAUAAUUUUAUAAGGAAUUAUCUCAUGUGUGAAGGCUUAGGUACCAAACUAUAACAUCCAUUUAUCUAUAACUGGAAUAAUAAAGGUCUACUAGCUUAAAGAUAUGCUCAUUAGGUUAAUGAGUCUCUCAGUCGCCCCCCGGUGUGAGUGUGAGUGUGUCUGGUUGUAUGUACUCAGCUCCCACAGUCAUAUACUGUAGUGUGUAAAGACUGCACAUUGAAACCCCUAUUGCCCCUGGUAACAUAGUAGUGUGUGAAUGCAUUUGAAUAAAUUUAGUUAAUACUGAUGGUCUUGUAACGUAGUGUCCUCUGCAUGAAUGUGAUGUGAAAGGUGAAGCAGGUGGGGUUUGUGCAACAGUGUCAUGAUGUGCUUUUCAGUUGUUAUCUUUCCCUUUUCUCCUCUCUUAUGCUGUUUGUGUUGGUUCUUUGUGUUUUCUGUGUAUGGGUUAUUGCCAGUUUUUAACUUUGUUUUCUUUGUUUGUUUUAUAUAUUAGUAGUAGUGUAGGUGCAGUUGAGCAUGUGCAGAACUUGGGUGUAUUGUAUCACAUUGCAUCAUAUUGCAUCACAUCACAUCGCAUCGUAUCAUCAUAUUGUAUCAUAUCAUGGCGUAUCAUACUGCUAUAUUGUACCAUAUAUCAUCAUAUUGUAUUGUAUCAUAUUAUCAUAUUGUCUCAUCAUAUCCUAUCAUAUCAUAUCAUAUCGACAUAGCGUGUCAUAUUGUGUCAUAUCGUAACAUCACAUCAUAACAUAUCAUUAUAUCAUAUAUUGUAUUGUAUCGCCAUAUCCAAUUAUAUUGUAUCAUGAUAUCGUAUCGUAUCGUGACAUUGUAUCACACCAUAUCAAAUCUUAUCAUAUGUCGUAUUGUAUCGUACCUUUGGCUCUUUGUAGCGAGCUUGUAAUAGCUAUAGCCAUGAUGGGAGUUUACUAACCUUCUCAAUCCUUCGUUUUCGACCACAGAAAAUGUCCUCAUGUGUUUGGCUACAUAUUUAGCAGUACAUCCUGUAAUUUCUUGAACUCUUUAACUCUCAUACUGUUAUGGGAUGCUGUAAAUGCUUCUUUCCUUUAGGGUCUUUAAGCCUGCCUGGAUUUUUUCUUUGAGUCUGAAUGAAUCUGCGGAGUGAAGAUUCGCAAAGUUGCUUGUCCUGUCACUCGUAUUGCUAAUAUUCCCUUACUGUGUGCAUGAUGUUUUUAGUUUGUUUGUUUGUUUUUUGUCCAUUCUCGUUUUUAUGUCUAAACUAAAAUACAGCACACAUCACUUUUAAAAAGCCAAAAGUUAAUUAGGCAUUGAGCAGAGUGCAAAGGAAGACGUCUGUGCAGAGGACUAUAGUCUCUGCAGUCUUCUGCUCAGCUCCACUGCAACAAAAACUGCCCUGUUCCCCCAGAAAAAAGAACCUGUUAUUUCAUAUUGCUGCAGGUCCCUGAUGGAACCAAGAGACUUUCGCUCCAGUAAUAACGUGAAAGUGAUGUUACAAUUAUAUCCCUAAUUAUAACUGAGUUAAUCAGUUUCUUCUUAAUGAACCUUUUUUGGCCUUUAUCACCCCUGCAGUCUAAUAAUCCUAACAUACAUAUACUCAUUAUUAAUACCAAGCUGGUUUGUUAUUAUUGUAUAUACCGAGUUCCAGGGAUCUUCUCAGUUUAGAUAAAUAGUGAUGUAAAUGUGAACUUUUUAGUUGUCAAGUCAAACUGGUAUCUAAUCUGCAGCAGGUCAAACCAAAGUACAAAAAGACUCGGUGUUCAGGUGGUGGUUACCAAAGUGCUGUAUAAAGAAUAAUAAACCUUUAUUUAGUUAGAUGCUCCUGUUGCCAGGAGCUUAAUCCCAUAAAUUGAUAUGUGAUUGACUCUGAUAGGACUCAGGAGUUGUCUGUCUUGUUGCCAUGAAAACAAAGUUUGUUGUAUUUUCGGACAGACACCCUUGUAUUAAUAGGAGUCACACACCGAGGGACAGAACUCAUCAAACUGACUGAACUCUCUGAACAGGGAGGACUUUGUGUUUCACCUGCUGCCCUCACAGCUUAGAUGUCUUUCCUCCUUGUUGUUUCUGUGUGUGCAGGGAGGGAAGGAGUACAUGAUGCGAGCACACUUCGGGCUGCCCAGUGUGGAGAGCGAGGAGGCGGAGGCAAAGAGACCAAUCACUGUGAACUUUGAGAUCCCAUAUUUCACCGUGUCUGGCAUCCAGGUUGGUUCCUUUAUUAGAGCCUAUAACACAGUCUGUGUUAGCUCUAAAUCUUUGUUGCCCAAAGCUCCUGUGGGGAACUUUUAGAUGGUAAUGAAACAGACCGAAAUUUAUACUUUUUUCCUCUGUAUGACCCGUAAAAGCAAAGGAGACCUCCAAGGAGAAGAUUAUAUCUAUAAAGCCGUAUUUAAUGUCUGUUACCACCGCCACCGGGUAGGUGUUAGAGGAGGUGAUAAGCAGCAGCUUUUUUAACGUUUCCUCCACCAAAAGUUCUUUUUGAGUCGCAUGUUUAACAUCAGGAAGAAAGAAGGGUUACAUUUGUGUUAACACACUACUUAGUCAUGUUCAGAACAAGUAACUUUGACUGAUGUUUGUCUGAAUACAUAAAUCUGCACUCCCUAGUUAAUAUUACACGAUUUAGUAUCAUCUAUUCUGAGGUUGCAUGCUUGAUUUUCAGUUAUGAUAUCAAGCCUUUAGUGUAUAUUAAGUCUUUACUCAUAGUGAUUGUUAGCAUAGGUUCAUGUCUGAGCUCGUCGUGGUUUUAGACAACUUAAUUUACUCCAGCAAAAGCAAAGAACAAGAGAAUAAAAAUCUGUAACAUCAGAGCAGUCAGAGCUAAUAACAACAAAGCAUACUGCACUGAAACAGUUCAUCUCAGAGUAACACAAGUUUACCGAGCAGGUGAUAAAACACAGAAACAACAGCGUCACAGAGCAACAAAUGGAAAUCAUGUGAAAACUAACUGAUAAAUGACACUUGUAUGGUAAGUUAUGAUAACAAAUCAAGCAAGUACUAGCUUAUUUUGUUGUGUUUCUCUAAUGAGUCGUUGAGAGCAUCAAUUAAAGCUCCAGUGAGGAGUUUUUUUAUAGGAUAUGAAAUAGACUAAAAUUAAAAGUUCUGUGUCUCUGUGAAAAACAAAAGCAAAUAAGGCAGAAGGCGACAAGAUAAACAUUUUUUAUAGCAUCAUUUUAACGCCUGGAACUGCUGUGAGGGGGCAGGUACAAGUUCCUCCACACAGUGAGUUUUCUAAUUUCACAGUAAAAAGACAACAGCUGAUUUUUUUUCAUUGAUUUAAACCACUUAAACGAAAAUAAAAUGAAAUCAGCAGCAACAAAAUCAGGCGUUUAGCUCCACAGCUCUUCUUUGUGUGGAUGAGAUCUCGUUCAUGUUUUAUUUACAGGGUAUCUGCGGGGUCUUAAAAAGGUUUAAAACAUCUAAAAUCUGGUAAUUUGAAUUUAAGGCCGUAAAAUAUCUAAAAUUCUCUUGAAAUCUCACAAAAUGUCUUGAAUAUGAUUUUAAAGGUCUUUAAAUAUGUAUUAACUCUACAAAUAAAAAAUGUGCCAUAAGAAUAAGGAUUGAUUUGAAGUAAUGUAAAAUGUUCCGAUUUUCCUUCAUGUCUUUUGAACUUUUUUGCCAGUAUGGAUGGUAAAUGAGUCUUAGAUUGUAUUUAUUAUGGUCUUUAAAAAGUCUUAAAUUUCACUCGUUGAAACCUGCAGAGACCCUGAAUACAGACUCUGAGUUUCAGAGUAGUGGAUUGUAGUGUUGUUAGUGAAGGUGCUCUUUUUAAAUGACCUAAGAUUUCUUUUAAUCAGUCAGUUUCACUUUUUAGAAGACAGACAUAAUCCUUAAAAUCAUUCAGGAUUAUCAAACCUUUAAUGUGCUGUAAAUUUCCAGUAUCAGCUGAUUCUCAAGAUUACAUCCACUUUACUCAAGUGUGUGUGUGUGUUGGUGUGUAACUGACACUAUAUUUAACCUGUGUGUUUUCCCUAGGUGCGCUACCUUAAGAUCAUAGAGAAGAGCGGUUACCAGGCGUUACCAUGGGUGCGCUACAUCACACAAAGCGGAGGUGAGAAAACCUACACACAUACACACACGUUUUAUCCUGAUGCCUUUAACUCUCCAUCUCACUUUUACUGCAAAUUCAGCUGUUUAGGAACUUUUUUUUCCUUUUGUUUGUGAAGCAAAAAGUAAUUGGGUCUAAGAGUCUAAUAAGUCAGAUGUGACUCGUUCCCCCAUUAAAUCCCCGGUGCGCCUGAUUUAAGUAUUUCUGUGGAGGGAAACUCUCUGAAUAUAGCUGAUGUGCCUCAUCAGGACCACGUAGGUCUAAUUUUCCUAUCAGUGCUAUCGCUCUUAGAUAAUUGGACAUUUUCAGCAGAGAAUUUUCAGAUCUAAUCACAAAAUGAGAGGUGUAAUUGAUUCCUGAUGAAUAUCCAGUUCCCACAUUGUGUUGGUUUGAUGAAUUGCAGGUUUUCUGUUUUUCCUUUUUUCCAAACCCAUUAUCAAAUCGAGGGUUAACGCCGAGGUUAAAUAUGAUGUUUUCUGUGGGAGAGCAGUGCGAGGAUCAGUCUUUCUGAAACACUAUUCAGCCCGUGCCCUAGGAGUGAACCCAGCUGUGUAACAUCCAUCAUAUCCAUUACCUGGCUCUAUCACGAUGAGUUACAUCCUCAGGGGAGUCGAAUGACACCACACAGGAUGCCAAGGAUGGAAACUUUGCCGGCCCGCUCGCUUUUGUGUCUUAUUUUCUCGAGUUUAAAAACAGGAAUGCUGUAAAUCCGAAGAAUUGCAGUUGCUUGUGCAGGAAAAGCAGGUAUAAAUCUGUAUUUUUAGUCGCUGUGCUGAAGGUGAACCUGCGUCACAUUUGUCUACGUCUGAGUGAAACAAGCGCAAGAGAUGCUUCACUAUCGUGAGGUUUCUCAACCUGAAGUUGAAUAAUGUUUCAUGAACAAAAAGCUACAUCUCUGUCAUAAACACAUGAUUGAUUUUGAGACAGAUCAGCCCUCACUGCUUUGUAGAGUGACAGUAUAUUGAUGAGACUGCAGCAGAAUCCCCUCAAGACGCAGACUAGAUUCAAUGGGGGACGAGUGGAAAUGAUAUGGAGAUGGUAGUCCAGUAUCUCCGCUGGACCGCUGCCAGGCUCCUUCAGUUUUGCGACUGCAACACGCCCGAGGAAUGAACCGGACUCUGUAACAUCCAUCAUAUCCAUUACCUGGAUGUGUCAGGUACGAGCAGAGGGCUGCAGAGGCUGAGUGAUGCCUAAAAGUGCCAGGCGGCUCCCAGGGUGGCACUCAGGGAAUGCCAAGGUUACUAUUGCCUUACUGUGAUAUCAGAAGAGAGAGAAAGAGAGGGAGAGAAAAGGACAGUGUAUGAAGAUGGAGUGAGGAGAACUGGAUUGGAGAUAGAGCGGUAUCACCUUUCUUUUAUUAUCACGAUCAGCAACAUGGAGAGGGAGAGGAGACGCUGCUGCUCAGAUUUCACUCAGACACGCUCGCACAGAUUAAACAAUACUCUGAUACUGUAGAGCCAAUCUGCUGACUUAUUAAUGAGCGAUGAACAGGCAUUUAGGGGCUGCACCGCACAGCACAAAUAUCAGACUGUCAGCGGCUGGGUAAUAAUCAGGCAAAUUAACAAUGCAUGUCACAGAUUUGAGCUGAUACUCUUAAUUUAAAGCUCCUCUGAGGAGUGAUGCGUUUUUAUGAUAUGCAAAACCUAAUAAAACUGUCAGUUUUAAGAUAGACGACUUUUAUAUUGUGGUUUUUGACUGCUAGAAGUGAUGCCAGGAGAUUUUCCUAAUUUAGUAUCAACAAUUUACAAACAAACUUUCUUUUACAAAUGUCUAAAGAGUCACCCUCACUCUUCCUUCAGUGUGUCUCUUCAUUAGAAACGCAUGUGUCUGUUUUAAAACCAUGUAAAAGUUGUGACCGUUUCAGUCUGAAACUGAGGAUGAUUAACUAUUUAUUUAAGAAAUGUGUUGAAUGUUUUUAAUGCGAUUUGCAGAAUGCCACUCUGGCUUGUUUUGGUGCAAAUCUUGUUUGGGGAUUUAAUGAGGCUCGUAUUGGCAGUGAUGUGCUGUGAAGGGCCGACGAAGAGAAGAAAGCUGUGUUAAUGCUCUGCUGUUACAUUUCUUGGCAGAUUACCAGCUCCGGACAAACUAAAGGGCACAGAUGCUGCUAGACGAAUGGAUAUUUUCUCUCUCUGUCUUUCUGUCUGUCUGUCUGUCUGUCUGUCCUCCUUCCUUCCUCGCUCCUCUCUGUCUCUCCUCUCCCCGUGUCUCCGGCUCCCUGGCUGCUGUGGACAGCAGAGGACAGGUGCAGAAGGACACAUGAUUUUUUCACAAAUGAAAACAAGACAUCCUCCUUUCCUCGGAGAGACUGCUGCGCCGCCUGUGACCUGACCUGUGAUUAUUUUCUGGAGGCUUCCUCAGGACUCAGACUAAGCAUUUUUAAUAUGUGGAUAAUGAACUGAUGACUUUUUGACACAGUCUGAUCCUGGCGAGCUCUCAUUUUCUCUGUUUAUGUGAUACUCUUCAAGGUUGACCUGGAGCUAAAUUAAAGGAACAUGACACCAUUUCCAACAAAUCAUCCAGAAAAACAUUGAAUUCCUAACUAGUUAUUAAGUUUGAAGCAUUAUUUUUGGGGUAGUUUGGAUGUGUAGCUUUGUACUGUGUAAACCAGCACAUUGUGUAGUGCCAGAACACAGGAGCCGUGAUGGCUAAUGGUCAGUUUUUAUUUCUCAAAGGACCACAAUUUUUCAAUGUGGGAGUUUUCUAAAACAGAAGUGUGCCAUGUACUGAUCUCUUCUUUGCAGAGACAGUCACAGCUUCACCAAAUUGCGGCUCAUGAUUGAAAUUUUCGUCCUUGAGGGUUUUUAUUCCUCUCGCUCUGUCCCUUUACGUCCACUUUUAUCCUGAUACAGUCCUUUUCUUACUUUGGCUGUUUCUCUCCACCCCUCUCGAAUGCACGCGUUUUGUCCAAAUCUCUCUAAUAUAUUUAUUGCCUUAAAAAAUUGCCUAUGUAUUAUCACCUUUAGCACUGUGAAUAUAAUCCCCAGUGCCAUGAAACUAACACCAGCGACCAGAUCAAUGAUUAAUAAGGCACAACAUUGUCGGAGGCGUCGGCUGUGUAACAUAAUACCAGUUGACGCACUCCCCUGGGGCCUGUAACCUCGUCCUUUAGCUCCGAAUCAGCCUGCAGCUCUGAAGAAAUGAGCACUGUGCAGAAUUUUGGGUCGUAUUUGUGUUUGUUCUUGUACUGUACUGGCAUUUCUCCUGAGUGUGAAGGACAAAAGUGAGAAGAGAGAGGAGAGGUUUUGUGGGCCUGACAAAGGUAGACUAACCUGGAGGGAUUUCUCUGCAGAAUCUGAGAAUAUCGACAAAAUGUUGUGGCAGUUUUUUUUCUUUCCUCCUGUGACUCUAUAUUUUUCAUAUGUCGAGCUCUGCGGGUCUGGAUUCGUGGUGUAAUUCACUCCCCGGUUGUGUUGCGCAUGCACUGCACCACUUCAGCUCAGCUGCACUGCCAGCAGCUAAGAGGAGUCAUGUGUCGCUUUAUUGCAUCUCUGCUGUCAAAGUACAAAAACUGUCUUUUACAAUCAUUCCAUUAUCCAGCGUGGAGAAGUCUCUCAGACUCUGUGGGGAUUGUUAGUCAGCGUGUGUUACGAUGUGUUGUCUUUAAUUUAUCAACUACUCUAUGUGGAUAGGAAGCAAAGGGAUAUAUUUGGAAAUAAACACAUUUUUGUAUCUUGUA